GAAAAGUGACUUCUGAUAGGGAAGCCCGCAAGAGCGGUCAUGCGCCUCUCCCCGGCAGCGCAGGCAGCAUUCCCCCAGGAGUAUAGAAGCUUGAGAUGGAAAAGGCCCCGGAUGGCAUCUCCUCUAGCCCAUCCCCUGCUGCAGUGACUUCUCCCCCCAGCAGAUGGCGGCUAAUGACAGCUUCAGUCUGGCGUAUCCGGGCAGCCCCCAGCCCGGGGACCUGAUCGAGAUUUUCCGGCCGGCGUAUCAGCACUGGGCUCUGUAUCUGGGGGAUGGGUACAUCGUCAAUGUGGCGCCUGUCGAGGAAGGUGCCGCGUCGUCGCUGGUGAGUGCCAAGUCUGUGUUCAGCAGGAAGGCCCUGGUGAAGAUGCAGCUCCUGAAGGACGUGGUGGGGAGCGACACGUACAGAAUCAGCAACAAGUAUGACGACGUCUACGCCCCACUGCCCGUGGAGGAGAUCAUCCGGCGCUCGGAGUUCCUCAUCGGCCAGGAGGUGUCCUACGACCUCCUCGGCAACAACUGCGAGCACUUUGUGACCCUGCUGCGCUACGGGGAGGGGGUCUCCGAGCAGGCCAACAGAGCAAUCAGUGCCAUUGGGUUUGUAACAGCUGCUGCUGGAGCUGUCUCAUUGUUGGGCUUUUUCCAGAACAGAUCCAGGGAGCGGCAUUAUUAACCAUGUACCAUGAGAAACUUACAGCAUGUGAUGGUUGGAUUCCAGAUUGGAAUGGAACUAGCGCAAUCCAUGGAUAAAGCUACAAUAGACACUUGUUGCCAAGGACGUCACUGUUGCCAAGGUCACUAUGCUCGUUUUUGUCAUAGCAACUUGUAUUCAGUUGCAGAUGAUGAUUUUCUUGCUAACCUCAGGGGACUCCCUGGCAAAUUCUUCAUCCUCACUGGUGCUGUUUUGCUGGUGACUGGGCCUGAGCCAACAGAAGAACUUUAUGCACAAUUGCUGCUGACAGUUUUUAUAGACUCGGCUUGCUGGGGUUUUUCAGUGAAUAAUUUAUAUUUUUUUACCAGUUUGGAGAAACGUUUUUAUGUGUUUUGAAAAAGAAUAUUCAUGAAACUUACAAAUAUUCUGAGGGGCCUUUUCCCCAUCCCACGACCGGUGGGUUUUACAAGUGGAAGAUCGCAACUGCUUAGAUCUGUGGUGUGUGCUGUGUGGUGUGGUACUGUGCACAGGGGCGUACUCUGCGCCUGCGAGGCUGGAACGCACAGCUGCUCUCCAGGUCACAGGAGAUGGGACGCAGGAGCAGGUCCCUUCUCUUGAAAGGGAGAGAAGGGUCCCUUCUUAUUUUUAAAUGGGUGUUUUGUCUUGGAUGUGAUGCUCUUUUGCUUUAAGAAAUAGACCUUUUUCCCACCGGUGAAAUGAUUCCUGCGUGCCGUUCCUCUGGACCGGUCUGGUUCACGCUCAGACCACCACAGGGAGGCAGAACCAAGAACGCGACCGCAGCAUUUUCUGGCUACUCUGUGCUCCUGUCCAGCACCCAGUGUUUUUUCUGGACUGCCUGUGCUCAGACAGGCUGCUAUAGCUGGGAACUGCUAGCACUGAACCCUACCUCUCCUGGUUUCUUAAUGAGCCCCGGGGCUUGGACCUGCCCUGAGCCAAGAUGGGGAAAAUAACUCUAAAUCCUGCAAAACCAGUCCUUGGUCUGGAGCUGUUCACCCCCCAGAGCCUCAGCCAGAAACUGAGCUUGAGCCCGUGUUUAAAUUCAGUUCUUGGUCUUCUCCUCCUGCUGGUUGGAGGGUAGAUCCAGCGCUCCGGAAGUGGUGUGGGGAGUGUGCCAAAGAAAGCAAGUUGCGUGUAUUGCAGAUUCUGUUAGCAUCGGUUCACCUGCCAGUCCCAUGUGGGUGACACCUGGGUUUUUUGUAAUGAAUCUGGUUUUGUGCUUGAGUGAUUUAGUAGCGUUCUCACUGGCUUGCAGCUAGUGUAACUGGCCCACAGGUCUGGCCCUGUUCUUUGAAGCCUGAAAACAAGAUACUACGGUGCUGGCUCUCACGCUGUGCCACUCCACUGACUGCAGUCAGGCACAGGCCAACCCACCGUCUGGCUCAGGGUAUUUACUGCAAAGUCUUGUCUGCCGUUGAACACGUCCCUACUUGAAUCAGAGCUUUUUUAUUGUCGGCUGUUUCCGUGUUUGUGGGACUGAAUCUGAUGUUCAGUUGUAUAUUGUCGUGCACUGUUGUCUAGUGUUUCCCUUUCUUCUUAAACUAAAUUGGAUAUUAAAUACAGCAAAAA